UCACUUUGAUAUCUUCGUGACAAAACACACAGGGUGGCUACGGGAUAUUAUAAACGAAGAAAAUGUUCUGCACAAUAUACGGAAAUACAUCAGACGACAGAAGCUGCUAAAGACAUUAAAUGGACGUAGCAGCAGACGAUCUGGUGUUACGAAAUAUUUCAUAUAUCUCUGUAACUGUCUAAAGAAUACUUGAAAUAACAUUGCAAAUAUAAUAUGUGAAAUUACAUCGCUAAUGUAGUCUAAUAAGAGGAUAUUUAGUAUAAUGACAUUUUACGAAUAAUACACUAGGAUAUUAUACACAUAUAUAACUGUUGUAUGACAUCAAAUGUGAAAAAGUGUAAUGACUGUUCUUACGAAGGAUGUAAUAACACAAAACGAUAUUCACUUACUUACAGCUCAGGCAAUGGCAUCUUUCAUAUAAUACAACUUUCAAAAAUAUUAUUUAAUAAAACAAUAGUUUAUAGAAAAAUUACACACGUUUGUGUGUAAUGUAAUUGUGCAUAUGGAUAGAGAAUACCCGUCUUCAACCGAGUUAAGCGUCGAAUGGGACGGAUCGCAGGCGUCCCUGCGCAAUGAAGGAGUAAGUUUACACGGUUCAAGUCAGAGUCUGCAAAUGUCGUCUGCUUCUCCGCGUCUGAGCCCCAUUUCGAACGAUUCAUCAUCGCCCUACCUGUUAAGGAAAGUGAGUGCAGACAAAGACAAGCACCAUGUUCGUCCUGGAGCACCGUCGGAACCGAACGAAUACAAUUUCAACUACAGACGUCGGGGAGUCUUUUUAAUCUUUAACAACAAACAUUUUCUUGAAUCAACGGGACAGCUCGAACGCGAGGGUACAGAUGUAGAUGCUGAAAGACUUGAAGAAAGGUUUCAGGAUACUGGUUUUGAGGUGCGAAGAUAUGAUGACGUCACGUACGCACGUAUGACCAAACUUAUGCAAGAAAUUGCAUCAUCUGAUCAUUCCGAUUGUGAUUGUUUUGGGUGUGCUGUUCUGAGCCACGGCCGAGAAGGCUACAUAUAUGCAACAGACAAGCUAGUUCCCCUAGAAAUGCUCACUCUGCCAUUCAAGGGAGAUAAAUGCCCUACUCUUGUUGGAAAACCAAAACUCUUCUUUAUUCAGGCAUGUACAGACAGGCGGACGUCCAUCUUUGGAGAAAAACGUGCCUCUCCCUCUCGGUUUGGGAUUAACGGUUCGCCAUCACCGCAUAUAGCAAGCAGGAGGGUACCAGUUGAAGCAGAUUUUCUUUUCUCAUAUUCAACAGUACCAGGGUACUAUUCCUGGAGAAACAACCAAGACGGAACUUGGUACAUUCAGGCUUUGUGUAUAGUUAUUGAAAACUACGGAAGCAAGAUGGAACUGAUGCAAAUGUUGACACAAGUAAACAGGAUGGUGGCUUAUGAGUUCGAAUCUUGCUCAGACGAGGAAUUUACCGAGGACAUUAAACAGAUGCCUUCUAUUGUUUCUAUGCUCACGAGAUAUGUUCAUUUUAGACCAAAGAAGCCGGACAUUAGAGGAUGAUGAUUUUUUGGACAAAAGUUGUUAUGAAAAGUGGUUGUGUUCAUUUCAUAAUAAUAUGAUGUGUGUUCAUAAUGUCAAAAUAUGUUCCGUCCUUUAUAAAAAAAGUUUUCUUCUCGCAUAUUUUAGAGACUUGGCUCUUACAUUUCCUUCGUAAGGCUGCAUGUAAUCACGAUUGCACCAAAUGAAUAACUUAACUUUCCUAUUGCGAACAAAAAAUGCCUUGAUGUAAUUCAUAAAUUGAAGCAUUUUUUUGCCAUUUAAAAUAAUGAUAAUUAACAUAGACAUUUAGUCAAACAAAUCAUUUAGAACACAUAUGCACACGAUUAUAUCGAUCGACCAAAAAUAUUGUAAGUUUAAACUGAAAAAAAACAUGUGCUCACUGUUGAAUUAUGUUCACAAAUUCAUUUCGGAAAAAAAAUGUUUGCAUGAUUAUGAUGUUCUUCUGCACGUUUGAUAAACCGGAAGUGAUGGGGUAACGUCAUUUAUCCGGGUAACAUAGAAUAAAGCUUGGGUUCGGCGUAAUGAAUAAGUUUAUUAAGGUAUUAGAUCACUAAUAGAGAACCUUCUUUUUGAAGAGUAUUCAAUUCCUACCAUAAACCUACUUUUACUGCAAUUCUUAGGGGUGCGUAGGUUCAAGCCCUACUGGGACCAAAUUUUUUUUCUCCUUAUUUUCCUUUUUUACUAGUAAGUUUUUACUUCUUUCAAGACUUAUUAUUGAUUUUUUUGUAUAAAAAUGGAAAAAGAUGAAUCUUAUAAGCGAUUUCUUGGUGUUCAAAGUGAAUUUACUACUUAAACAGAAGGGGUACAGUUACACAUCUUUAAAAAUAUUGAGUUACAGCCGGUGAAAGUUCUCUAUUUUGCUUUCACUCUUAGAUUAUAUAUUGUGGAAGAAAUUUAGGUAGGUUUUACAUCUUACCUUAGGUUAUUUUUAAAUGGAGUAAGCAAAAUUCAAAACAGACACACAGCAUUCGACCUUAUUUUUUCAAUGUUGAAGUAUGAAUUAUGUCUCAUUAAAUCCGUUUACUUGAGGCACCGUAUAAAAAUGAUAUUGACAUUUUUAUUUUGUGUUUUAUAAUUGUUUACCAAUAGUUUGAUGUUUCUUGAAAUUAAUGGUAAAAUGAGUUCUCUGCAAACGUUUUGGAUAGUGGCUAUCACUUUGAAAUUUGUCUCUACUUGAGCUUGAGGAGAUACCAUAAGUUAUUCAAAAUUUAUAAAAAACGGCAUGGUAAAAAUGUUUAAAAUUUGCAAAAUAGUGCAAAACACGGUUACCUUUCAGAAUAUACCAAGCAAAGGCCAUUUUGUAAACAUUACUAUUAGUGACCUAAUACCUUAAAAUGGCAAUGUUACUUUCUUUCUAAAGUUAAGAUAUGAUAUUAAAACAUGUGACACGUUAAAUAAUUCAAAAUAAUGGCUUAAAACCAGCUUGAAAUGUGUGGAUCAUUUUAAUCAUGGGCAAAUAUCUCAAUAACAAGCACACGGACCUAUACAUUUUAUUGCACCAUAUUAUAGGUCAUAUGUUUAUUUACGACUGUGAGAAGUCUCAUUAAAACCUAAAUUGUAGAAAAAUUUUAUUCGCAAAAAUGUUAUAAAAAUUAUGAUUUUUCCAUAGACUUCCAUUAUGAAAAUUUGCGUGAGGUCCUAGUUUUUUCAAAUCAGUCUAGCAAAAAAAAAAAAUCAAGUAUACGGCCCUAUCUUUUUUAUUUGGUGAAUUUUCUAAAAAUGUUCUGAGGUUUUGAAAAAUCAGGGUUUAAUAAAAUUCUAUAUUAUAGAAACAAUUUUAUCCGAACGUGCAGAACUACCUUAAGAUGUGAAAUUGCGUUGCUCGACAUAGGUUUCUUCAAAACACCUUCUUAGUUUUCAUUUAAAUAGGUUUCGUAUAACCUUAUUGCACAAGAAGAAAAUUUUAUAUAGAUCUUGACAGAUAUGGACUUGGAAAUUGUAAAGUUUGUGAAAAGUUUACUUUAAAACAAAACUGUAAAUUUUGCCUUAUAAUAAUUACAUGUACGCAAAAUAUAUUUAGUUCAAGACAGAUUUCCCAAUUUCUUUUAAUAGCAUUACUACAUCCAUUUAACACGCGCAUUUGUAAAGUACAAAGUAUAAAAAAAAUAAAGUUAGAUGUAUCGAGCGCAACCACUGCCAGGCAAAAUUAUACAAUGAGAUGUCAAGUUUAUUUGAAUUUGUGAGCUAAAAUAAAAUGUGAUA